UUCCUCAACCCAGCAAAUUUUGUUUUCAAAUACCUCUUGAUGAAAUUGUAACAGCAUCGAUUGAACCAUAAUUAAUUCAAACUUCUGACUAUUCAAAAAUACAAACCGAAAAAAAAGGAAUUGUUACAUGGGAAAUGACAUGGGAAAUAUUUUAAGAUCUAUACACAACAAAAUUGUCAAUUUGAGUGUUGGACAAAUUUUACCUUAAAUCACUGUGGAUGUGUCCAUUAUUUUAUGCCAAGAAUUGGAAAUACGAAGAUUUGUGGCUUUGAUAGUCUUGACUGUGCAAAACAAGUUGACAGAGAAUUAAAUAUUCAAGAAAUACAAAAUGAAAUGUCAGGGAUUACAACAAAAUGCGAUUGUAAACCAUCUUAUACACGUUUGAGUUACAACGUGGAGACUUCAAAUAGUCGCUUCUAUAUGAAGGAGUAUCUUGAUUUGAGAAAUACAUCUGACAUCUUUGAAGAACCAAACAAGCAAAAUGGACCAAUUUCUGGCAAUUCAUGGAGUGUCGGAUUUUAUAGCGAAUAUUGGAGGACUUUUCGGAUUGUUUAUUGGAUUUUCCUUAAUUUCCAUAAUUGAAAUAAUUUAUUUUUUAACACUUAGGAUUUAUUAUAACUUGAAAUUGUAUGGCAGAUGGUCAGGGGUGCCUAAUUCUAAUUAAUAUCAAUUAAUUUGCAUUU